CUGCACGGCGGGAAUCUCAGUUUCAGCGUCGAGGGCGGGGAGGCGAAUAAAGUCGUCGGGCGCCGCCGGACAUGCCUGCUAAGAAAGCUCUGAAGUUGGAAAGCCUUGCCAUGGGAAAAGUGCCUGCAACUCCAUUGCUGAAGAGUAAGAAGAAUCUCAAGUCUUAUUCACCAACAACAGGAACGUGCCCAAUCAGUCCUUUUUCAACUCCCAGGAGCAAUAAUGUACAAGAGCAUGGAAAUGGUCUAUCAAAUGGAAACAGAGAGAAACCCAGUAACUUGCUAAUCAGAACACCCAGAAGGGGGCACCCUGAAAUGGAAGACUAUGAGAAACUAUUAAUACUGCAAUCUGAAAUUGAAGAUUCUCUGGGCAGAUUUAUGAAAAUCAGACAAAACCUAACCAAUUUACAGGCUUUAGAGGGCACCAGAGAGCUUGAAAAUAUUAUCGGUGUUUCAGAGACCGCUGGUAACUUGAAAGAUGAAGUGAGCAAAGCCAGAAAGCUAAUAAAGCAAUCUGGAAAGCUGCUAAGAAGGACCAAGGCAAGACAGCCUGCCCAAGACUAUCUCCGACCCGCCAACAGCUUUGAAUACCUUAGGUCCCUCAUCAACUGAGGCCGUAUCUGAAGAAUAUAUUCUGCUUGGCUGCAAGAUUCUACAACUGCCUGAUCCUACUUAAAAGGUUGAAAAGAAACGCCUGUAAAUCUAUCUCCCCAGCAAAUACCAGCUAAGGAUUGCUCAGUGCACUAGGCAGGUGCACAUCUAGAUACAGUUUCUUGCGUCUAAUUUAAACUUUACAAUCUGUACAACCAGAUAAUCUCAAUGUAAAUAAUACACUUCUCCAUAGCUCUUUUAUGCAAAUGGGUAACAGCACAAGCUGAAUUUCUGCACCAGGCCCCUAUGCUUGCCCUACCUUGGUAAAAUGCCUCUGUGAGCUUUCCCCUCAUGUUUUGGGAAGAAGAGCUGUGCUUAAGGAUGGACACUAUUUCCCAGGCCUUCAAACAAACUGUAAAUUUCACAGUAAUGAUAUGCUCCAUGCUUUCUCUGAAGGAGUGCCAGUUUGACCACAAACAAUGAAGACUGCUUGCCAACAUGCAGGGCAUUGUUUAUGCAACUUAUCAGCACACCCAAAAGGAAGCAAUUUUCCAUCUAUCUUUGGCUCGCUACCAUCGUUUUGCUAGCAAAACCUUAUGUGCCUCACAUGCAACAUUUUCAAUGCCUUUUUAGUUAUUUUGGUUUACAAAAGCACCACAUAACUUUAGUUUUGCACUGCUAGCAAAACUAGCAGUAUGUUCUUCUGCUUUGUGGUGCCUGAACUUAUGCUGCAAAAUCAUUAAAAAGCAACACCAUAGAGAUUAAUGUUUCUUUGCAAUAGUACCUGCAGAGACAGGAAUCAGUAAAACCUAUCCUAGCAUGUACUGAGAUCCACAAAUGAUCUCACGUUUCAGUCAAAAUAAAUGGUAACUAUGCUGGAAUGUUUAGAGGGCCAAGUACAUCUUUAAUAACUUUUCAACAUAAAGACUAUUUUUAAUGGAAAUUUAGGUGGUGGUGAGGCUGAGGCAUGUACCUUCUCAGGUGACUGACACUGAAAUGCCAGCUUCACCAUUUUAAGUGUAAGCAGAGUGGAGCCUUAAAAAUGUGCUUGCUCAUCUCUUCUGUAUAUAUACCCUUUAUGAUGGUUUGAAGACACUACAUAGGGAGGUUUUCCUUCUUGAUUUGCACUGGGUCCCCUUCUGAUCCCCCAAAAGCUGCUCUUGAAAGUUAGAAGACUCUAUACAACAGAUUUGGGAGCUGCAGAAGGGGUGGUAGACAAACAGGUAGAAAUUGUGGAGCCCUUGCUCCUGGUAUGGAAUAUAAGCGCCUUCUGCCCAUGCAAGAAGCUUUUUGCAACCAAGCAGACAGUAAUAAGUUGUUCGGCAUGUACCAAUUUCAAAACUGAAGUUGUCAACUAUAAUUGGGCCACAAUUCUUUUUAUAGAAUAAAACUUCUGAAAGAUAAUUUUGCGUUGACAAAUUGUUUUUAAAAAGUGGUUUGCUUAGACACUUCAGUGUAAAUAGUACAGGUUUUAGGUUACAGUUCAAAGUAUUUCACUGCUAUCAGUGCUAGUUACUUCAAAUAUAUGCAUAUGCUUUUAAGCAGGAAAAGGUUGAGGGACUUUUUCUUCCCAGGAUGCAAUUGCUAGUCAGUUUCACUUACUGUACAUAGUUUGAGGGACUUUAUUGGGGCAACAUCAUUGCUGCCUCUUCAGUUGUUUGUGGCAUCAUAACUCAUUUCCAAGCAUGUUUACUUACAAAUAAGUUCUACGGAUUUCCUUGGGACUUGCUCCCUUGUAGGCUUCUUCAGAAUUGCAGCCUAAGGCUAUUAAAGUACUGCUUCUUAGCCACUUGUACUAAGCUUUUUCUCUUUUCAGAAACAGCUGGGUUGGUUAAGAACCAUUUCCUAGUUCUACAUAAGGUAGAUCAGAUAACUCGCGCUUUAUCACCCUUAAAGGCCAUCUGAAGGACAAAGAAAAGAGAUAUACAUAAAACUAAUGUUUUUCUAUGCUGGGGAAUACUUGCUCUGGGCUUGAUGACUACAAGCAGAGCAAAGGGCUAAUGGAAAUGUGAGAUCAGUGCUCUGUCAGCAAGAGUGACUGUUUCACACUCUCCUUUCCUGAGUGAUUUUUGCAGUGCUUCAACCAUAGCUGCCAAGUUAUCCCUUUUUUACAGGGAUUUUCCCUUAUGCUGAAUAGGCUUCCUCGCGAGAAAAGCGAAAACUUGGCAGCUAUGGCUUCAACAUCUUAGAAAUAUUUUACCAAACUGUACGGUGUGGUCUAAACCACUGAGCCUAGGGCGGGGAAGGUCCGCGGUUCCAAUCCCCGCGACGAGGUGAGCUCCCGUUGUUCGGUCCCAACUCCUGCCAACCUAGCAGUUCAGAAGCAUGUCAAAGUACAAGUAGAUAAAUAGGGACCGCUCCGGCGGGAAGGUAAAUGGCGUUUCCGUGCACUGCUCUGGUUUCGCCAGAAGCGGCUUAGUCAUGCUGGCCACAUGACCUAGAAAAAACUGUCUGCAGAUAAAAGUCGGCUCCCUCAGCCAGUAAAGCGAGAUGAGCGUCGCAAUGCCAGAGUCAUUCGAGAACUGGACUUAACUGUCAAGGGUCCUUUACCUUUUUAACAAGUGAAUGAAGUAAAUGAACACCUACACAAUCCUCAUUUUGGAGCAGUGUGGUUGCUGAUAGCACGCCAGAGACUGAAGAUGCCCGCUUUUCCCUAUCUGUGGCUCUAGACCCAAGGGAGGUGAGGCUGGCACGAGGCCCAAGUUGCUCCAUACCUUGAAUUGGCUCUCCAGUGGUUGUGGUACCUAUGCCUCUUGGGAGGAAUAACUGCUGUGAGAAAGGAGUAAAGUUAAGCUUGGUAGUAUUUAAUAAGGGAAAUGUGGAAGUGAUCCAUAGAUAGAUAGUCCUUUCAUAUGUGGAGGCUAGGAGACUUAGUUUGGUCAGAACCGAGUAUACACAUCCUGAGUUAACGUUAAAUGCAUUACUUUUGGUAAAUGAGUCACCAUAGACACUAGUGGCCCGUAAAAAAUUGUGUCCUCGGCUUUUUAGAUUCAUCUAUCCAUGUAUUAUCUGAAACCAAAGGGGCGCAUUGGUUGCCAGAUGUGUGUGUGGGGGGGGGAAUCAGCUCUCCUACCACACUAAUAAUAGCUUUAAGAAUGGCGUGGAAACAGACUAUUGUUAAUGUCAUCAUCCAAUAAAACAUUGGAUUGGAACCAGACAACAGCUUGGAAAAUUGAGGUUUCCUACCUGGUCCGUGGAACACCACCCAGCACUUCCCCUUACAUAGCCCUGAGAAUCCUAGAGGAUAGUGUGGGAACUGGUGCGAUGGAGUGGGGAGGUUCUGCCAACUAUCCCGUCACACCAGUUUCCGCUGGUGCAUGGCAUCUCUGAAUCCAACCCCCUGCUUAGGGUUUAACUUCCAUUACUAUGUGUGACAAGGCUGCACAUUCAGCACAUGCUAUCCUCUUCCGUUCACAAUAAAUAAAUCCAAAUUGCAUAGGAACACUGGGCCUCCACUCCAGGGGAAAUUGCACACACCAGUGGGUUUCUUUGCACACAUAUCUGAGUAACAAACCAUCCAACAGAUGGUCAACAGUGAAGGAAGUUUGGCCCGAUUUGGGGCACACCCAAUAAAGAGGCAAUUGCACCGUCCAGGCUGACAGAGCCAACCAUCUGUUUGGUAUAAUCUUUGAUCCAAUAUUGGGAACCAGGAGUGCUUUAUAUAGACUGACAGGAACUAAAUAAACAUUUUAUGCAUGCAGUUUCUUUCAGCACACUGGACCUUUGAUAGAUUGAUAUAAAAACUUUAAAGAAUACCGUUUGAAAGUGUGUACGGGUUUGUAUACUUGCAGACUUAGAAGGCUUACUUGGUGUAGGAAAAAUACAAGUUUCAUUGGUGUAGGAUAUCAUUCCCUUUAAUACAAUAAAUUAUGUAUUACUGCUCUGUGGAAACUUUACUUUUAAUAAUCUUCACAUUCCAGCACAAUGUUUUAAUUUCAAGUCCCCAUGAUUGAACCUAUGUUUUCAGCUUCUGUUCAUUUUCAUAGAGCAUAGCAGGGCCAUUAGAAAAACCGAGGGGGAGGACAUCAUUAGCAUUUGUUUGCAUAAUAGAUUGUAACUGUGCAUGCAGAAUUUUGGUUUCCUGGCACAAGAUACUAGGCAGCUUGAGCUUUGCAAAAAGCUACAUUCAGAUUAUGUUGCAUUUUGUAUGGCAGCAAAGCAAACCAUGUACUUGCAAACUGAAAAUCUGUAUCGGAAAUAUGUAGUACCACUUUAUCCCAUUUUAAGGGCUUUGUCUUACUGCUGUACAUGUUUUCAGAACAGCAAAAAGGAAUAAAUUUGGGUGGAGCUGACAUGCAGUAGAAGCAUGUGAUAAGUCUAUAUUGUCUUGUUGAAUAAGGUGCUAAAAUAUGGCAACAAAUCAAAUUAAAUCAGAGGCUUCUUGAAUUUUGUAUUUAAAAUGAAUACUCAAAGUCAAUGUGUAUAUAAGUAUAUAAGACUUUGGCUAGGAACAAUGAACUAAUUGUUCAUGUCCAUGAUGAUGUGUCAUAUACAGCAGAAAUGUCAAGUCUUCCUAAGUGGCUGCUAGAAAUUGGUCUAAUUCUUUAUACGCCAUGUACACUUUUGUCAGUGCAGGCAGAUGGCAUGGAGACAACCAUCAAGCACCAAAGAAUUCCAAAUGGAUUUGAAUUCUUGCAAUAACUUCAUAUUUUAAAACCCAACAAUAUUUGAGUUGCAGGCUAUUAAAUAUCAAGACUAUUACAAGAGAGUGCUACAGAAAAAGGACUUUGCACAAUUUGAGUUCUUGGUGAUCUGCAUUAGAGUUAUAGAAUUAGAAUCUAUAUGACUAAAAUGCUAUUUUGGCUAUAAAAUUUGCAUGUUGCUGGGAGGCUUACAUGUUGAUGUACAUUAAAAAUAAUGUUGGCCACAACAACGCCUUGGGACUCUUGUUAUGGACUUUUAGCUAGUAUAAAGGUUAAUACUGAAAUAAGACUGUCAUGGAAGUAUGAACCAUGACACUGAGUCAUGAAUAUUAGUUCAGUGGCCUUGAUGAUUUUAAGUAUAUCAUAGAGAAUAGUGAAAUAUUGUACAAGGCAGCUUAAUGUAUCUAAUCAAAUAGGCUAGAAGAGACAGCAUUUAGUAGCCGUAAAAUAUGGUUCUGCAUCCCCAACACAUUUAAUUUGAAGUGCAUUAAACUGAAAACGCAUGCUAUUAAUUUGGAAACCUUAUUCAAAAUAAGCCAGUAAAGGUGGCCAAAAUAUUACUUAAUUGUUUUCAAGGUACCAGUAGCUUUCCAUCUUCAACAAAUAAUCAAGUAUGAUGUUUCCCUUUUAUUGCAUACAGAGGACAAAGAGUCCAUUUCAAACCUCUCUUAAUAAUGGCUAUUCACAUUCCUGAAACAGCACAAAUUGACAUGUAAACAUUUUUGUGUGGCUUUCCCCAGCAAAUACAUAAAA